AUGGCGUCCGAGGAAUCAAAGAUUUUACCCAAGAAGGGUCAGCGCAAUAUCCUGGUUACCAGUGCCCUGCCCUACGUGAACAACGUCCCCCACUUGGGUAACAUCGUGGGUUCCGUGCUCAGUGCCGAUGUUUUCGCUAGAUAUCACAAGGCUGCCGGACAUCAAACUCUCUAUAUCUGCGGUACCGAUGAGUACGGAACUGCGACCGAGACCAAGGCGUUGGAGGAGAAGGUGACUCCGGAGGAGCUGUGCGCCAAGUAUAACAAGAUUCACCAGGAAGUCUACGAGUGGUUCGAGAUCGGCUUCGACCACUUUGGCCGCACCCCGACGAAACAGCACACCGAGAUCUCCCAGGCCAUCUUCAAGCGACUCUACGAGAACGGCUACCUGACAGAGAAGACCGCUGAGCAACCGUACUGUGAGACGCACAACUCCUUCUUGGCCGAUCGCUACGUCGAGGGCGAGUGCCCUCGCUGCCACUACGAUGACGCCCGUGGCGACCAGUGCGAUAAGUGUGGCCACCUCCUCGAUCCCUUCGACCUGAUCAACCCCCGCUGCAAGCUCGAUGGCGCCACCCCCGUCCGUCGCGCGACGAAACACAUCCACCUCCUCCUGGACAAGCUCCAGCCGCAGAUCGAAGAGUGGUCUUCCAAGGCCAUCGAGAAGGGUGACUGGCCCAAGAACUCGCGCGUCAUUACGGAGUCCUGGCUGAAGGAGGGUCUGAAGGACCGUGGUAUCACCCGUGAUCUCAAGUGGGGUGUCCCCGUGCCCCUGGAUGGCUUCGAGACCAAGGUGCUCUACGUCUGGUUCGAGGCCUGCAUCGGCUACCCCUCCAUCACGGCCAACUACACUCCCGACUGGGAGCUCUGGUGGCGCAACCCCGAGGACGUCCAGCUCUACCAGUUCCUGGGCAAGGACAACGUGCCCUUCCACAGCGUCAUCUUCCCCGGUUGCCAGAUGGGCACGGGCGAGAAGUGGACCAUGCUGCACCACCUCAGCACGACUGAGUACCUGAACUACGAGGGCGGCAAGUUCAGCAAGUCGCGCGGCAUCGGUGUGUUCGGCAACAACGCCAAGCAGACGGGCGUGCCGCCCGACGUGUGGCGGUACUACCUGCUCAAGAACCGCCCGGAGACGGGCGACACGCAGUUCGAGUGGCGCUCGUUCGUGGACAGCAACAACAGCGAGCUGCUGGCCAAGCUGGGCAACCUGGUCAACCGGGUGAUCAAGCUGGUGAUCGCGUCGUACGGGUCGGUGGUGCCCGAGUUCACCGUGCCCGAGUCCUUCCAGCCCACCCUGGACGAGGUGACGGCCACGCUGCGCCAGUACGUCGAGGAGAUGGAGGGCGCCCACCUGCGGGCGGGUGUGGUCAGCGCAAUGAAGCUGGCGGAGAUCGGCAACGGCCUGAUCCAGGCCAACCGGCUGGACAACUCGCUGAUCGCCAACGAGCCCGAGCGCGCCGCCGCCGUCGUCGGCACCGUGCUCAACCUCAUCCACCUGCUCGCCAGCGUCUUCGCCCCCUACCUCCCCGCCACCUCCAAGUCGAUCAACGAGCAGCUGGCCGUGCCCUUCGGCCUGAUCCCCGCCCUCGACGACCUCAAGGACGGCUGGAAGCCCACCGCCGUCCAGCCCGGCCACAAGAUUGGCAAGGCCCAGUACCUGUUCUCGCGCAUCGACCCCAAGAAGGCCGACGAGUGGCGUGAUCUCUUCGGCGGCUCCCAGGCCGACCGCCAGAAGAAGGAGGAGGAGGCCGCCAGGGUCGCCGCGAAGAAGGCCGCCAACGCCGCCGCCAAGGCCAAGAAGAAGGAGAAGAAGGCCAAGGCCGCGGCUGAAGCUGCUGCUGCUGGCUCCGCGCAGCCCGUCGAAGCCUCCGCCAAGGGUGGUGCCGAAAAAUCUGACUCCUCGACCGACGAGGCCGUCGACAAGGUCACGGACGGUGUCGCUCAGGUGACCCUUCCCACCUCUUAG